AUGCAGCGAGAAUCGGACUCAUGUUCAAUACAAAUAAAAAAGGCUUUUCGUGUUAUUAUACCAAAAGCUGGUAAAAUAUCUGUUUUUCUCUUUUUUAUUAUUUCAUCAUCGGUUGAAGGAGCAUCAUAUUUUAAGUAUCCUGAAUCCACUCUAAUCCCAAAAUGCCGAGCGAAAGACGAAAUUAUAGCCAGGAUAACGAUAAUUAGAAAUAUUCUUCCGGUUGGCGAAUCCUUUAUGAAGCCGUCAUCAAAUCAUUAUUUAAGAAAGCGCCUCUGUAUGGCUGCAUUUCGAUCUUGCUAUGUGGCUGCGAGACCAACUUGGCCAAUGAGAGUGGAGGAUAUUAAGAAGUUAUUUGCUUUUGACCUCAUGUUUAAGAUACAUUUUACAGGUCCGCCUGAUAAAGCCUUACAUGGUUGUGUCUAUGUUCGCUCAAUAUAUGACUUAGACGAAGGAAAAAGGAAUGGCUUCUAUUACUGUCGAUGA